AUGGCAUCUUCGGGAUGUUUUGACGCAAAUUGGACAGGCGUCAAGACGGACUCGUUAGUGGGUAUACUUGACGCGAUUGGUGAAAAUGUAGAAAGCGGUCAAAUUAGGGCCUCGGAUUGUAAGCUGAAAGUUAUUCCAGCUCAAUUACAGAACGGAUUCGAUCCAUGUUCGCUCGGAUCGCCUACAUCUAGAUUUGAUUUGUUCUAA